AUGUCCUGCUACGAGCUGUGCACCCCCAAAACCAGCGUGGCUGUGCCCCAGCCCAUCGCUGAGAGCUGCAACGAGCUGUGUGCCCGCCAGUGCCCCGACUCCUCGGCCUUGAUCCAGCCGCCCCCCGUGGUGGUCACCUUCCCCGGCCCCAUCCUCACCUCCUUCCCCCAGCAAGCCGUGGUGGGCUCCUCCGGAGCACCGGCCUUUGGCGGCUCCCUGGGGCUGGGCGGCCUCUGCGGCGCCGGCGCCACCCAGGCCUCGGCUGGCCUCUGCACCUUUGGCAGAGCCUGCGCUGCUCCCGCCUACAGCCCUUGCGCCCUGCCCCGCUACAGCAAGAAGCUCUGGGACACCUGCGGGCCCUGCUAGAGCCACCACAGCCCAGCCCAAACGCGUGCGGCCGCCUCAGCCCAGCAUGGAGAAGUUGAGCUCUGCACAAGCUGCCCUGGCCUCCUGCAGCCCGUGACACCCGGCCUGUCUGGGGUUUGUUCACCAUCCCUCUCCUGGCCUCUCCUGCCCUUCCUGGUACAAUA